AUUAAGCAAGUAUAAUAAAAAUGAUUAGAAAGUAAUAAAAUUAAGUCGACAAUGCAAUAGGAUGUGGAUAAAUAUAUCCAUGUGGCUUUGAAUCAACCUCCACCAAAAGAACACCAAAUCUGGAGUCAUGCAUCUAAAUGAUGUUUAAUCAUUAUAAAAACCUUAAACCAUUAAUUAAUUAAAUUUCUAGUCAACCAAGAAAUUAGCUCCCCCAGAUGUUAUAGGAUCUGAUUUUCCUUUCUCUGUGUGUGUGUCUGUAAGGUGUUUUACUUGAGAAAUAAUAUAAUACAAAAUGAAGAAGGUGGCGGUGUUCGUAUUGCUUCUGGUUGGCACCACUUCUCAAAUAGCUUCAUCUGUCAAAGAUGGUUUAUUGCCAAAUGGGAACUUCGAGCAAGGUCCAAAGGUAUCGGAACUGAAAGGAACAAAAGUGAUGAGUGGCAAGUCCAUUCCCAACUGGGAAAUUUGUGGCUAUGUUGAAUACAUAAAAUCAGGUCAAAAACAAGAUGACAUGUUGCUAAUAGUACCCCAAGGAGCCUUUGCAGUUAGGUUAGGGAAUGGGGCCCUCAUUAAGCAGAAGAUUAGGGUGAUUAAGGACAUGUUUUACUCUCUAACCUUCAGUGCAUCUCGCACAUGUGCACAAGAGGAAAGAUUGAACGUCUCGGUUUCGCCGAACAACGAGCAAAAUGCCUCGGGUUUAUUUCCGAUUCAGACAAUGUAUAGCAGCAGUGGAUGGGAUUCAUAUGCAUGGGCAUUCCAAGCUGAUGCACAUGUAAUUGAGAUCUCAAUACAUAAUCCAAGCGUGGAGGAAGAUGCAGUUUGUGGCCCCAUUAUUGAUUCAAUCGCUUUGAAGACCUUGUACUAUCCGAAACGGACCCGAGCCAAUCUACUAAAGAAUGGAAACUUCGAAGAAGGUCCUUAUAUCUUCCCAAUACCAACUUCCGAAGGAGUUAUAAUUCCACCCGAAAUAGAAGAUGAUCACAGUCCUUUACCAGGCUGGAUAAUUGAAUCCCUGAAAGCCAUUAAGCACAUCGACAGUGAACAUUUCUCGAUUCCACAGGGCAAACGGGCCAUCGAACUCAUAGCCGGAAAAGAAAGCGCGGUUGCACAGAUCGUUAAGACGUCAAUUGGAAGAAACUACGUACUCUCAUUUGUUGUUGGCGAUGCUAACAAUAGAUGUGAAGGUCCAAUGAUGGUCGAAGCAUUUGCAGGCAAAAACAUGGUGAUGGUGUCGUAUAACUCCAAUGGCAAAGGUGGAUUCAAAGCAGCUAGACUUGCAUUCAGGGCAGAGUCAACACGAACUCGGAUCACGUUCUAUAGCACAAUUUACACCAUAAAAAGUGAUAACUCGGGUUCUCUUUGUGGGCCGGUGCUGGAUGAUGUGAAGCUGCUUAGUGUCCGAAAAUUGCAUCACCUGUAAAUUAGAACUGUUCGGAAAAUGUUACGCAACUCAACCAUUUAGGGGGAACAAAAAACUGAAAUUGGACAUCACUAGUUGCAGUUGUAUUUAUGUGAUGUUAUAGUUGGUGUUGUAACCAAUUGAAAAUACCAAACAUAAAAUGAAGCAAUUUGAUGUCUUUACGAGAG